AUGACCAUGACCGAUCACAUGAUGGUUCCAUCGGCUUUCCCAUUGACUCGACCACCCGAUGAUUCCAUAAACCUCCCGAUGGAAUCGGACGUCAACGAUGAUGAUAAUGUCAUCGACGGCUCGGUUCCGUUUGCAAACGAAUGGAACGCCCUUUUGAAUGAUCCUGUCGCUCUCGACAACCUCUUGGCUUCAAAUACAAACUACAAUAUCCCAUCACAACUCCCGUCGUCGGCGUCGUCAUCGUCAUCAUUCACACAACCACCUCUUCAACCUUCACAUAUUGGACCAUCUUCAUCGGGUUCCUUUUCAACUCCUGCUGGACCUCCUGUUGACUUUGCGACACUUGCUCGUUCUUUCGAUACGACCCCUUCACAACCUCUACCUCCACCCUUACGACCACCUGGACAACCAUCAAACGCCGGUUGUCCACCACCUCCUCUUCAAACCCUCGACCUUUCGAUGCUACCGCACAUCGACGUCUCUUCAUUCCCACCGGCACCGCCUCCAUCGAUCAACUCGCCAUUCGAUACCAUCUCCAACCCGUUCUCUCCGGUCGUCACGACACCUGGAUCAUCCGGCUUUCCCGCCUUUUUUCCACACGGUCAAUCGUCAACAGACCUGUUACAGCAACAGCAGCGGUCGCAUCUCAAUCACCAUCACUACCAGCAACAGAGACGAUCUCUAGGGUUUCAGCCGAGCCAGCUUCCCAGCUCCGACUCGUAUUACCAGCAGGUGAACCGGAGGUACUCGCAGUUCACCUCGUCACCUCGUUCUCCGCCGGCAUUCCAGUUUGCACCGUAUCUUCUAAACGGCGAGACAUCUACGAUCGGACAUUCUCCCACAAACUCGUUCCAUAGUUCGCGCCCCCAUACUCAGAGCAACUUGAACCCGAAUCCUCCCGUAUUCUCACCGGCACUCAGCAGCCUUACGGAUCACAAUCCGUUCGAACUUUCGCACGUCGUCCCGCCGAGACCGCAUCCUCAGCAACAAAGUCCGCUGUCGUCUUUCCCAUCCAGAUUCGAAGCAGGACCGACACGCCCGGUAGUACAUACAGACGAAUUAGCACCUUCGUAUACCUUCCCGAACCCCCCUCCGCCCGACCCGAAAACUUCGGCCACAGCCACCAACGACAAGCCCGUAUCGCUUGCGUCCAAGUACAACAAGUACAAGCGGCGUUCGCUUCCCGGUUCUCGUCCGAAAGAUCACGUCGAUUCUCUGAUUGUCGACGCCAAAGGGACCGAAAAGCGAGAGAACAACGUUUCAAAGGACCCCCUUUCAUCAAAUCCCACAGCCCCUGGCGUCCUUGUUGCCGACAACGCGAGCGACCAGGAACGAGCUUCGGAUCCAAAUCCACCCUCCACGGUCAACGCCGUCAAAGGAGGUCCACCGCCGUCGACAGGGAUCACAAUCAAAAACGACAAAGACGACGAGGAGGACCAACGACAACUUAACCAAGAUCGAGCGCCUUCGCCACUGGUCGAACGUAAACCUCGACCGAUACAAGAGCUCCUUCAGAACUGGGAUAGAUCGCCUACCCCGCCACCGUUAUUGACAGGUCCGCCUUAUCGCGUCAAGACCGAGUCACCAGAGUCUUUGAAGCGGCUCGAAAACAGACGAGGAAAGAUUGUAGUCAGAGGAGGAUCUCUCAUAGGUCUAGGACUAGGAUUCAGCCCGAAGGACGAAGAAGAAGAUAACGCUGGCUGUAUCUGCGAUCCUUUAGGAUUGAGCGGAAAAGAUUGUUGGCGACAGACAUCCUCCAGCGGCGGUUCUAGAACACGUACAACGUCGCGUGACGUAGACCACGAGGACGACAUGGACCCGAACGCCAUCUCGGGCGUCGUAGCCGGAGUCAAACGAAAGUCGGGGGAAGAUUCCAAAGGGAAGUUGCGAGAGUUGCAACCCUCUCGACCGGGUACGAAUACGAUGUUGGGGAAAUCCAAUUUGGAACUACCUCCCGGGCACAGCGCGGCGCAUCAGGCGGCCAUGCAGGCUCCGAAGAGGAAAAAGCCUAGGAUCGCGUUGAGUUGUGCUCAGUGCACGAAGAGAAAGCAGAAGUGUAACAGGCAGAUCCCCUGUCAACACUGUACAUCUCGAAAGAUCCCUGAACAAUGCACCCCUUACAUCCCCGGUCAGCCUUUACCGGAAAGCACGAGGGGUCCAUCCGCAUCUCGUGCUGGACGCAAGCCCAAAAAGUCCAACGACGUCAAGACCGAGCCAUCUACCCCCGGCGCUGGAUCCAGUACCGGCCCUGGCACCAAGAGGAUGAGCGUGACCGAAUACGGUUCGAGCCCAGCUACGUCCAAUCUAGAAGGUGACGAGCAAAGACGUCGGAGCAGCGUACAAGUACCAACCUUUACACCGGGAAGCUCGUAUUUGAGCCCGUUCGCAGACCACAGUAGUCCUCACGAUGCGCUCAGUCCGUCGAGGGGUUCCGUUGCACCCAGUCCAUUCAGCGUGGCGAGCAUCUUGAACGACGAGACCCACCGUCGAGGUAGCAUGAAUGGAAUUAUCCAUGCUCAAGACACUGCACCACCUCAAUUCAGCGUACCCGAGUCGAUCAAUGUCACGCGGCAAUCCUCGAGUGGACCUUCGGUCGGCCAUCGUAGUAGCAGUCGGGACGGUCGAAACCCUUUCGAUACAUUGAGCCGUAGCGCAUCGGCCGGAGAGACAGCUGUCGAUGCGGCCAAAUGGUUUGCUACAGAUGGAACUGUCCCGGGAGUCGAGACUUUCCGAGGAGACGCCAAACUCGAGCUCAACCUAGACGAUUGUGGACAACCUUCCGAGAACAUGAAACAGCUCAUCGAAGAUUGCGGGGUCUCGCCCAGGAAGCUGCUGGAGCUCGUCAACGAACUGCCUCAAUACGCGCUAGCUAGCCAGUUGGUGGAUUGGUUCUUCAAGCAUAUCAACUACGUCAGGUACCCUAUCCAUGAAGCUGGCUUCAGGGCUGCUUUCGAGGACAUGUACCGCAAGAAGGGUGAAGUGGGACCUGAGCCGCACAACGUCAGAAGCUUGCCUCUGAUCUUUAUCGUACUGGCCACAAGCGUUCGCCUGGCUCCCGAGGAAUGGGCCGGUACCGAUCAGGAGCGCAAGAUGAUCAGUCUGAAGAUGUAUUGGUGCUCUCGACGUUCAAUACUUAUCGCUACUGCGAUCCAGCCGGAAAGUCUGGAACUAGUUGUUACCCGAUUGCUCAGCGCACUGUAUCUGGUUCUCAUACACGAUAGACGUCUUACUGAAUGCUGGAGUCAAUUGGGAGCAAGCUUGAGGACAGCCCAGGCCAUCGGUUUACAUCGAGAUGGAACCAAGUUUGGCCUUGAUCCGGUGCAAACGGAAUAUCGACGACGCGUUUGGUCCUUCCUGUACCAUGCCGACAGGAAUUAUUCUUUGAUCCUGGGUCGACCGCCUUCCAUUAUCGACGCAUAUUGCGACACGAAAGAACCCAUGAACCUGGAGUUCUCGAAAGUGGUGGCGGGCCAAACGCUCGUUGCUAAACCUUUCCACGAACCGACGACGUCGACAUUCAUCAUCUUGCGACAGCGUUUCGCCAAGAUCGUGGCCGAAAUCACCUACCUGUUCAACAAGCUGCACGAACCCGCUCGAUUUGAAGAGGUAGAAACUCUGGAUAAACAGCUGCGGCAGUUCAUUGACGAUUUGCCACCUGUAAGCACUGGAACCGAUCACGCUUGCCAGUUCGGAGAGACUACUGACCUAUUUGAAUCACAGCACUUCCGAUACAUCAACCCAGACAAGAGCCUCGACAAGGAUCCGCGGUACAGCUACAUCCCCAUUCACCGAUUUUACUUGGCGACCGAAAUCUUCUUCAUCAUCAUCACCUUGCACCGGCCGUGGCUGUUGAGAAAGUUGAAGAGCAACAAGUUUGCACUUUCAAGAAGAGCGUGCUUUGAUGCCGCCAAGAUGGAUUUCCGCAUCAGGCAAGUAUUCCGUGCCGACCACCCUGGAGUUCAGAACGCCUACGUGGGAGGACAGUACAGGGAGUUUAACGCUGCUAUGAUUGCUCGGGGAGAGGAUGCAGAGGAAAUGCGGUCCAGUUUAGCAACGUUCUUGGAGCAACGUCCUCUCGACAAGGUAGACGAUCUGACCUCGAGAAGAGAGAUUGCUAUCAUUCAAACGUUGUAUCGCCGAGCUUGUCAAGUCCUCGACCCUUCUACGGUCAACACAAGCGAUGCCGCCCUUCUGCUGGGCUUGCGAGAGGGCGAGGCGUCCAGACAGACUUCAGGAAGUGGACCGGAUACUCCUGCCAUCAAGGACGUCAAACCGGUUAUCUCCCAAGCGACGGUACCUCAAGCGGUAUUCCAUAGUCAUAACCAAUCAUAUCCCGCUUUCAUGAGUGGUGCGGUACAGCCGGGCCAUGGCACCGUUCGGCCAAACGCUCUGUCCAAGGUCGCUACAACAGCACCGUUCCAACCGCUCAGCCUGACAACGAGUCAUCAACAUAGGUUGAGUUUGAGCGGUGCUUCGGCGGGAACGAAUCAGGAGCACAAAUCGCCAGCAUCGAUUGGGAGUCAUGAAGAUGAACACCCUCAGAGAUUGCUCGACAAAUGGCUUUCCGCCAACUCGUCCUUGGCCCUGGGGAACAUCAAUACAACCGAUCUCGACUUUGGUAUGGUGCCGAUGCCAAUGCUAUCUCGACAGAACGAAUACGCCAACGGAAAUAUGAGUAUGAACGCCGAUUCGACCCUCGGGCCCAGCAUGGAUCCGGAGGGCUGGGAGGGGAUCUUGAGUCCCAACGGUACCACGCGCGUAGCUUCCAGCCGCGAUCCAAUCACGGCGGAUCAGGUUAUGGCUUUCCAAGAGCCGCAAAGGGAUACCUUCCAUGGGAUCUCUGAUCGAAUGGCUGGAUCCUACAAGUUCGAGCCAAACAUGGCUGGGGAGCAGAUUACUGGUUUCGAAGCAGGAAUGGGCGACGACCUUCUCGGCUUGGCAAGCAACUUCGAAGGUAAUUUCCAACAAGACGACAGUUAUUGGAAUUCCUUGAUCGAUGGAAUAUUGAUUUCGAGCGCCACAACAUGA